CGCGCCCCGCUGCCCGCGCUGCCGCCAUGCUGGCGGAGCAGGAGCCCCGCGAGGACCAGGAGAACGUCCCCCCGCUCCCCGCCGCCACCGCCAAGGGGCCGCUGCCGCCGCCCGCUGCCGCCGUCGCCGCCGCCGCCCGCGUGGCGCUGGGCCCGCUGCGGGGCGCGCAGCUUCAGGCGGGCGGCGGGCGGGCGCCAUUUUGCGGCGGCGGGGAGCUGUCAGCGGCGGGCGGCGGGGAGCAGGGCACCAGGCGCCGCCCGCCUCAGCCUCAAGCCCAGCAGCCGCCUCAGCCGCAGCCCUUCAGCGUCUACCGGGAUGAGCCCGACGGGGAGCGGCGGCGGAGCGGCCCCGCGGCGCAGCGACGGAGGAAGGAGGAGGAUGAGGAGGAGGAUGAGGAGGCAGCGCUCGGCGCCGGGCUGCGGGCCGCCGUCGGGGCCCUCGGGGAGCGGCGGCCGCUGGCGCCGCUGGGCAACGCCAUGGAGCUCAGCUGCGAUUCUCCAAGUAUUAUGGAUAUUUCGAUAACAUCAGAAGCGGAAGAGAAAAAAACAAACGUUAACAAUGUGCCAGACUAUAUCACUGAUAUCCAUACCUACCUUAGGGAAAUGGAGGUGAAGUGCAAACCUAAAAUAGGCUACAUGAAGAAGCAACCUGAUAUCACAAACAACAUGCGGGCUAUUCUUGUGGACUGGCUGGUGGAGGUUGGAGAAGAAUACAAAUUGCAGAACGAAACCCUGCACUUAGCUGUAAACUACAUCGAUAGGUUUCUUUCUUCAAUGUCUGUUUUGAGAGGAAAACUCCAGCUUGUGGGUACUGCAGCUAUGCUGCUUGCAUCAAAGUUUGAGGAAAUCUACCCUCCUGAAGUAGCAGAGUUCGUCUACAUCACGGAUGACACCUACAACAAGAAGCAAGUUCUAAGGAUGGAGCACUUAAUUUUGAAGGUUUUGUCGUUUGACUUGGCAGCUCCAACAAUCAACCAGUUCCUCACUCAGUAUUUCCUGCAUCAGCAGACAAAUGCUAAAGUUGAGAGUUUAUCGAUGUAUCUGGGAGAGCUCACUCUCAUUGAUGCUGAUCCCUACCUGAAAUACCUGCCGUCAGUUAUCGCUGCUGCAGCGUUUCACCUAGCAGGCUACACGAUCACUGGACAAACCUGGCCUGAAUCUCUGUGCAAAGUGACAGGCUACACCCUUGAACACAUUAAGCCUUGCCUCAUGGACCUACACAGGACCUACCUCAAAGCAGCACAACACACACAACAGUCCAUACGGGAAAAGUACAAGAGUACGAAGUACCAUGGAGUAUCACUUAUUGACCCACCAGAGACACUAAAUUUAUUGUAAUGAUCAAGAGACUGAUCUUUUAGAGAAAUGUAUAUUACAAGAAAAUGAUGUACAGUUUUAAAAAUGGUUCAAAAUUCUAGGUGUGAUCACUCAAAAUAUUAAUACAGGUUCUGAUGAGCUUAAUUAUGAAGUUAGUUUUAUGUGGUUUUAAUGUAAAUCUUUUGUACAUGCAAUCUUGUUAAAAUACUUCGCUGUGUUGUAAUAAGAAUGUUGUCUUCAAGCACAGGAUUAACCAUGCAGACCAAGUGAAGCCAGACGGCUUAUCUACGUAGAGAUUAGACAGUACCACUAGCAGUGCAUUAUUAUGAUACUAGGGCUUUUUCUCCUUCCAAGAGUGACUUGGACUCCAGAGCAGUAUUUUUGUACUGUCUAGUUUAUGUUGAGACUUAGUAUAGAUCCAAAAUGUGGCCUAACAGCUGUAAUACUGGAAGAAACGCUAUAGCUAUGAGGAGAACACCUCCCUGAAAGUGCCUUCUGUGAGACUGCCUAGGCUGUGCCGUGAUUUGUGUUUAAUGCUUGCCAGCUCUUCAUCUGCUUGGGUGCUCUGCUGCAGGGACUGCACGGCUAGGACUAGGGUAUGCAGAAAACAUUCCCGCUAAUGUCUCAGCUGCCCCCCCAGCCCGUCCAUGUCUAGUAGGAGCGCUCAAGCCAUCAGCCUGCUGAGCUUGCGCCUCUUCAGAGGUGGUGGAGCGUUACAGCUGCAGGGCGUGAGCUGCUGCUCUGUGCCCCUGAGAGGAGGCGAUGUCCUCGGGGGUGCAGGCUACAUGCAGGAGGGUACAAAUUCUGUACAGCCUUCUCACUGGGGAGUGGCUCCUCUGUGACAUGCAGCAAAAAUGUAAAGCAACUGGUCUUACUCCUUAGUUACUGGAACUGUUACAUGAGCAAAGUAGCACAUAAUUGUCACUAGAUGAAAUGGACGUCUACCUUCAACCUGUAUCAAUGGAGUGAGUGAUGUGCCCCUACCCCUGUUCUUUGUGUAUCUACAGUAGUGAAUGCGUGGAAGUGGGUUUAACAGAGCCAUUUCCAGGCUGGCAAAUAAACAAAUUUUACAUCUGAUAUUAGUGGUCUUACCAAUACCUUAAAAUCACUGUUAGUGCUACCAUCUUAAAUUGGAAUUCAUUUCUACAGCUGUGGCAAGGGCUGAAAGCUGUGCCACUUUAACCAGGAGUUGAUUCAGCACUGGGGAUCUGCACACCUAAUGGUAGCAGUAUGAAUUCUACUUAGGUGUGAAGCAGUUUGUGAGGGCUAUAUUAAAAAAUAGUAAUUAAAGAAAAAUACCAACCUCUAUCAAGCAGACAGGCAUGCGUUAUGGUGAGCCAAUGUACACGCCUUGAUUUGGUAAUUAAGACCCUGCUGUCCUGCCUCCCCCUGUUCUGCAGCCUGAGCCCUCCAUGGACCAACUCAGCUGCAAAAGUGCUCUAGCCACGGGGCGGACGCUCAUUGGGUUAAGACAGACGGGUGCAGCAGAGGCUGCCUCUUUGGCUAAUCUUAGCUUCUUAGGGUGUGCUUUGUUCUAAUGUUUAAUGAAGAGCCAUAUUUCAUUGGGCUACUGUGUUCUCCAGUAGUCAUCAGUUAGCUUAGUUCAGUACCUUGCUGCUGGAAAAAGCUAAAAACUAGUUGGGAAAAACUGCACAGUGUAUCAUGUCCGGUGCUUGGCAUUGGAAAUGCCCUAACCUUGCAGGAGACGGAGUGUGUACAUAGCACAAUGUGCGUGCCACGGCUGUGACAGCAGCUGGUGACCUUGGAAAGUCAACCUAAAAUGGUGGCUGGCCAUCUACUGGUAACAAACUGUGGAAGAUGAACAGUUUAAGGAACGCUUAUGAACCCUGGCAAAGAGCACAUAUUAGCAUUGAAGUGAAAAGGCUUCUGUUCAUGGUAUUAGUAUUUACUACUUAAUGAAAUAUUGCCUUUCUCUGUUUUGGAUGGAAGCCAUUCAAUUAGUGUCCCAUAGCACCGAGUAAAGUUCUCCCCUGCUCCCUAAGCUUUGUUUUUAGCAUACAGUGUCUGACACAGCUUCCUCUACAGCCUUAACAAAUAAAAAUAAGCCUCAGUCCUAGGCUGGCCUUUUUGCCCAGUGUGAUUAUGUCCCUUCAUCUGUAUUGGCUGCUCUUGUUGCUGCAAUAUCAUUCUUUACAGCUUUCAUUUUCUAAACCUAAUUUUAAAGGAAAUUCUAGCUCUUGCAACUAAGCUUCGUCCAAAAAAUCCCAGGCUGUGCUGUCCUAGUGUUUCGCCUAUCCCCUGUAAGUCCUCUGCUUCUUUUCAAAAUAAAGCCUCUACGGAUGUAGUGUAUAAGCUGUUACGUAUGAAGAAGAGAGAAAGAGUAGUGGCAAAACACACCGUUCUUUUUCCUGAAGAAGUUUAAGGUCUACAGAACCAGAACAGUGGUGCUACAGAAGAAGAAAAUCUUCACUCGUUCUCAUGCUCUUGACAACAAUUUUGGAUUGGAAGAACUGACACUAAGCAAAUGCACUGGAUUAGCUCCUGGAGGGGCAGGGAACAACAAUUUUUUUUUUUUUGCAUUAAGUUCUAAAAGUAACUCUGGGAUAUAGUAUAUGUGACCGUAACUUUUCUCUUGCCUGUAUUUCAUAAAGAUCAGUGGUUGUAUGUAAAAUAGUCCUAACUGCUCUUGUAAAUAUGUGCACGUUUCUAAUGUGACUUGGUCUUCAAACAAAACAGGCAGGUGAA